AUGCCAAUUUACUUGCUUGAAAGGAUGAAGAAGAGAAAUUUUAAAUCCAAGAAUAGACUCAGCAAAUAUUCUCAGCACAGCGCUCUAGUUGAAUCAGAAAGUAUAGAGGACAGAAAAACAGCUUUGAAGGAACAAGCUAUAUUGUUGCAAGGGAUUUUCGAUAAGUUAACUACUGAGACUAACGAAGAUAUGAUCAUGAAGAUGCUAGAAUAUAACAUCGAAUUACCCGAGGAAGAAUCAGCGAAUAUUUUAGAAUUAUGCAUUUAUGGCAUGGCUUUUGGUGCAGAAUUGAUUUGUCCUCGUUGUCGCAGUGGUACCUUUUACGAUUAUGUUAAUCGUGGAAAAACGCAGUAUAAAGCAUGCAAUCACCCAGCCUGCAAUCACAAGGUCAAGAGAGUAGACAAAAAGUCAUGGAAGGUUCCUGAUGAUGCAAAAGCUCGAUCACCAUUUUUGUAUGAUCAUGUUUCUAUCGUUGCAAUGAAAUUUCAAUUUCGUAGUAGUAACUUUAGCAGCCUUAUUUAUGAUAUCAUUUAUUUGAGAGAAUUUACAUUUGUACCACAUAAACGGAUACCAACCGAAGUUCUAAAAGGACAUCAGGUUCUUUCAACACAAGGCAAUGAAUUAUGCAGGGAGAAACUUUUAUAUAUCAAGCCGUUGGGUGAUAUUCAAAUCAGUAUUAUCGGGAAUCUUAAACGAGACAAGUUGACCGCAAUAGAGCAGUUAGAAUACUUGGGAGCUUCCAUUCAUACAAAGAUCUCAAGUUACAUCGAUCUCUGUAUUUGUUCUCUUGCGGAAUUAGAAUCAAAUCAUAAUGAAUGGACGGAAAUGAAAAAUUUUAAGUUGCCUAUUGUAGCUGAGGAAUUUAUCGAUAGCUUUGGAAAAAGCAACAGACAAGAUCUUAAUACCCUUAUCUUAAAAUAUAAUAUAGCUGAUUGGAUUAGUAAAAAGGAUAUAAAAAUUGCGAAUCGACGUUAUGGGUACUAUUCCACUAAAGUCUUUAGAUCGUCAGAAAAUCCAAUCACGGAUUCUCUGAAAGGUCUGCAUAAAAAAUUUUGUGUUUUAGAAGAAUCUGGUAAUCUAUAUAGUACUGUAGUAGAACAUAAUGAUGAUGGACAAUUACCAGCCCUAACAAAGUUGCAAGCCCUGGCUCAUCUUACUUCCGAUAUGUUCUGUGUUGUUAUCAUUGAUAAUGAUGAAGGCAGCCUUGAUGAAAAUUUUUAUCGGUUUGAAGUUCAGCACUUCUAUACUAAAGAAGAGGCGAAGCUAGCAUUUCAGUUGGAAUACUAUGGUCUUACAGGCAAUCGUUUUGGAAAAGAUGUUGAAUUCAAGCUGAAAAUAGACCGUGGAUUUCCUACAGGGAUUUGUUCAUGGGGUUUUAAGGAUUCAGAGGCUAUGAAAUUGCAACAACUGCUUUACUACAGUCCCUCUGAACGUAUUAAAGGACCUAUUCAUAAACUCUUACAGCUCCUUUUUGAUGUGAAAGCUAUGCAAUUUUCUAUCGUUCAAUCCGAGAUCGAUGCCGAAAGAUUAAAAUUGAAAGAUUUGACAGCUGAUAGACUGGUAGAGGCCUCAAAGUUGCUUGAUGAAAUCGCAGAGGUUCUGGAUCAUGAUAGCUAUGUAUUUAACAUGAUCAAAGCGUACGCGAGAAAUGGUUUUCGAUAUCCAGUGAAUAAAUACUAUUCAAUCUCCGUUGAGGAGGUAUUCAAAAUAAACAGCAAAAGAGACGAUGAAAAAUUCAAAGCUAUUAAUAAUACGGAUAACAGAAUGUUACUAUGGCAUGGAUUUCGAACUAUUAACUACGCUCAGAUAUUAUCGCAAGGAAUAAAACCAGUACCUGAGAAACUUGAUGGAACUACUGCUCUGUGCCUUAUUCGUGAUUCAAAAUUUAAGACUAAAAAUACAAUCAUUUCUACUUUCUGUUUAGAUAUCAUGUGGGAGAGCGCGAGCCGAUGUGAAACUACAGCCAGUAACCCUGUCGGAUUAUUAUUACUCUGUGAGGUCGCUUUAGGUAAAAUGCAUAAAAUGAAUAUAGAAUCUUGCAAACUUAAUCAGAAACCCAAACUACCUGAAGGAACUGACAGCUUUAAAGCGGUAGGUGGUUACGGACCAGAUCCAGCCGGAAACAAAAUAAUAGAUGAUGGUAUUACAGUUCCCUUAGGCAAGAUAAUUCCAAUUAAAGCCUAUUCUCCAAUUUCCAGCAGACGAAAAAUUUCUUUAUGUUAUUGUGCAAGUUGUUGUGAAAGUAUCAUGAGUAAAGUUGGAAGUAAUAACAACGACUGA